UGGAUGUGAGUGCUGAGGGACUGCUUCUCAGCUGAGACACACCGAACAUGACUGAUGGUGUUCGUGGAGUACGGACAGUUCAGAACAGCCCACUGCAGACGGCCGUGACAGUCUUGUAACCAUGACCUGUGCACACACCCAGCUUGGACACCAGCCAUACGAAAAUACCCUUGGCAGCUCAGAGCUUCAGUGCACUGACUUCAUUUCCAGACUGACUGUGGAUAUGAGCAGGCCACGGGACCACCUCUCAACUCCUUCCCUGCCAGGCAUCAGCUCCCUGGUGGGCACUAACCCAACUGAUUUUGACACCUAUUCGUGCCAGUUUACUGCUGCCCCAGCCAAUGUCACUCCAUCUCCGGGUCAAGAGACCCCCUUCAAGCUCGAUGACCUCCAGGUUUACGGCUGCUAUGCUGGUACAUUCACGCUGAGUUACCCAGAUGAUGCUGUGUCCCCUGUGGGGUCAGAUUAUUUUGGGAGCCCUGCAUCAACAUCAUCUCCUUCAACCCCUGGCUUUCAGAGUCAGCCUGCCUCUAUGUGGGACUCAGCCUUCGGUCCAUACUCGCCCAGUCCAGGGUACUGGGCAGCUGAGGAGACCGCGGUGGCACAUGCGACCUCUUUCUUCACUUUUGGUUCUGGAUCUGUGGAGGACAUGUCUCCUCUGGGUCAGCCCCAAAUACGAGAGCAGGAACCUUUUAGUUUGCCCCAUCCUCACCCAUCUGCCCUGAACUUUCCUGCUUUGGCCAUGGAGCAAGGAUGUGGUCUAGAUGGGGCUGACCAGAUGGAGGAAAGCUUAUCACCCAAAUUAAAGAGUCCCAAUGAGGGCUGUUGUGCUGUGUGUGGAGACAACGCCUCCUGUCAACACUAUGGAGUUCGCACCUGUGAGGGAUGCAAAGGGUUUUUCAAGCGCACAGUACAGAAGAAUUCCAAAUAUGUGUGCCUUGCCAACAAAGACUGUCCAGUGGACAAGAGGAGGAGGAACCGAUGCCAGUUCUGCCGUUUCCAGAAGUGUCUAGCUGUAGGCAUGGUGAAGGAAGUUGUAAGAACAGACAGCCUGAAAGGACGUAGAGGUCGCCUUCCCUCAAAGCCUAAAGCCAUCCAGGAGUCGACAGCUUCUGUGUCUCCAGUGAGCAUGAUCGCUUCACUUGUGAGGGCACACAUUGACUCCAACCCAAGUGUCGGGAAACUGGAUUAUUCCAAGUACAACAACACAGAAAUGAGCUCUGGUCAGAAAGAGGAUGCCAGUGACAUCAAACAGUUCUAUGACUUACUCACCACCUCAAUGGAGGUCAUCAGGAAAUGGGCGAAGAGCAUCCCAGGUUUCUCUGAGUUCAGCUCAGAGGACCAGGAGCUGCUGCUGGAAUCUGCUUUUGUUGAGCUUUUUAUUCUGCGUCUUGCAUACCGAUCCAACCCUGAAGCAGAAAAGCUAAUUUUCUGCAAUGGUGCUGUGCUGCACAAAAGUCAGUGUGUCCGUGCAUUUGGGGACUGGAUUGACUCCAUCAUUGAGUUUUCUCAAAGCCUCCAUCGCAUGAAGCUUGACGUUUCUUCUUUCUCCUGUCUCACAGCCCUGGUCAUAAUCACUGAUCGACAUGGUCUCAAGGGGUCAAAGCGUGUGGAGGACUUACAGAACCAGCUCAUCACCUGCCUGAAAGAUCACGUCUCCACCUGCAGUACUGACUCCUCAAGGCCUAAUUAUUUGUCCCGACUUCUUGGAAAACUGCCUGAGCUCAGAACAUUGUGCAUCCAGGGCCUCCAGCGUAUCUUCUACCUUAAAUUGGAGGAUCUUGUUCCACCACCACCAAUCGUGGACAAAAUCUUUAUGGACGCACUUCCUUUCUGAGUGUGAAGUUGACCAUCUGUGAUAGAAAAUCUGGAGUUAUUAUGAGAGCCAAAGACCACAAACUGAACACUUGUACUUCAUGAAGGAAAAAGUGGUGCUACAAGAGUCCACGACAAAUAAUGAUCCAGAAGGAUUGUGCAUCUCCAGAGGAAAAGGGCUACUUUUUGAUUACAAAGCGAACAGUUUGAGAAACAUGGAAGCUGUGCGUGUACACAUCAAAUCAUCCCAUAACUCUUGCUAGUUUCUAUUCUAAGAAAUUAUGCACUGUCUAAUAACACAGACACAUGGACCAAAAAAUAACUGUUUACACAAUGCCAUUUGUCAUGAACGCAUGUAAAAUGUACUUUUCAGAUAUCUAUAAAUGAAUCAUAAUAUCAUUUCUACAUGAUUAUUUCAAAGACGUGAUAAGCACAUAGUUUUGUUCCUCAUAACAAAUUUUUGGUGGUUUGAUGCAAAUUGCACAUGAAAUAGAAGACAGAGCAUUAUUGUGAUAUGUUUAAAUCAAAUAUUAAAUAUUGUCUAUGUUACAUUUUUAGAUUAAUUCAGGGGCUUGUGCAUGUUAAGAGCAAAUGAUUUUCAACAACCACUGUGGCAUUCAAACAACUCUUCAGCUCCCUGUGUGGUUUGUGUUGAAUGCACACACGUCAGCAUCAGCCAAUGCUUAGCUUGGCUUCACAUUUGAUACCAUCAUGUUUUUGGUGACAAUAAAGUAGGUUAAACCUACAGAACUGUAAGUGUCAUUUAGUAGUAUCUUUCAUGUAUCAUGAAUAGAUAUUGAGCAGCUAAUAUACUGUGUAUCAUUGAGUACAGUCUUAUACACUGAUCUUGUUUGUAAAUGAUGUUGAAUUGGUUUUAAACCUAUAGGUUACUCCACCAUGCACAUAAUGCUACAGAACAGACAAAAUGAAUAUUGUUUUUACCUACUUUGAAAUUAUCAUUACUGUGCCUAAAACAGAAAUAAAAAGUAAAACUAUAGAUCUGCUUU